GCAUCGCAUUGACACAGCUCCAAUGCCGCCGCGGAUACCCAUCCUGGAGUGCCUUCGGGCGGGGAAGGCUCCCACUCCCGCCACGUUCACCCUUCCUCUGCGGCCCUUCUCCACCACCCCUAUAGCUCAGGGCAAGAAUACGGUGCGGCCGAAGAAGAAGAUCUCUCACGAUCCGUACAUCAUUGCACAGCGCAACCGCAAGAAGGCAGCCAGUCUUUCGCGCCGAGCCGAGCUCGAGAAGCAGCGCGUCGAGGAUCUGGGCGACCCUGUCAAAGGCAUCAGCACGCCAUUCGUAGAGUCAUUUGCAACCGGUGCUCCGAUCAAAUAUGAGGAGGGAAAGAAGGUUCCCGAGGAUGAACAGCAUCUCAACUAUGCGUUGAAGCCGGAGGUGGUUGAGAAGCAACUGAAAAAGUCAAAAAAUCUCUCUGUUCCCCGCCUGGACACUGAGCAUGAGCAACAGCAGCCGCUGUAUCCCUGGCGCUCGCCGAACUACCAGGCCCAAGUCCCUGAGCUGACAGCGGAGGAGCUCGAAGCGCGCCGGGAGAAAGACCACGAGCGCGCCGCAGAGGCGAUAAAGCGUAUUACCGCUCUCGAAAACGGCUCUUCCAAGGACCGUCUGCGCGCCAACAUUGCACGCUGCGUUCAGACUUUUGGCCGCCACAACACCGAUCGCAUCUUCCCUCCCCGGGCUCCUGCGCUGCCGCACGCGAACGCGAAAGAGCCCCACGCCAUUCGACCGGAGACGAAUGUUGAGGAGACCAAGAAGCGGAUCGGUCCUGACACGGGUUCGUCCGAAGUCCAGAUUGCCAUUCUCACUGCGAAGAUCAAGGCGCUGGCCGAGUUCUUGGAGACCAGAGGAAAGGGAGAUAAGCAUAAUAAGAGGAAUUUGAGGCUGCUUGUGCACAGGAGGCAGAAGUUGCUGCAGUAUCUGAGGAGAAAGGAGCGUGGAGGACCCAGGUGGCAGCAUUGCAUUGAGAUGUUGGGUCUGACCGAGGGAACAUGGCGUGGUGAGAUCUCCUUGUAGAUGCGAAAGUGGACAAUACGUGUGUAUAUUCGAUCUGUAUAACAUGACUGCAUAGAGUAAGUGUAGCCCAACAUUACUGGAUUUACCCGGUUUAUAGAUGUCGCGCAUGCGGUUUUACCUAGUGAGAGAUUCUUUGGCAGGAGGUCGCGUUGAUGGACCACGAAAACCUUACAAUCUGGACGAGUCAACAU